AUGACACCACCAGUUGACGAAGUGCGCGCCGGUGGUCUGGAGAUUAUUAUCGAUACGUUCCAGCCGUUAUAUUUAUGGAAUGCGCUAAUUGAUAUUGCAGAAGUGUGGCUUCACUAUGACAUUGAAGUGUCGUUUGAUGGCCAUUUCAAAGAUGAUGUCCACCUAUUGACUAUUUGA